AUGCUCAUUGAUGGGUGGACCUGGAGUGAAUCGUUUCCUGAGCAGUCCGAAAUUCUGGCCUACUUUGAAUAUGUCGACAGUCAAUGGAAGAUCAGCCAACAUUAUACAUUCUCAACUUCAGUCAAUGCGGCUAGUUGGGAUUCGUCGUCUCACCAGUGGCAUGUCUUUCUGUCUGAUGGACGAGUGCUGCUAACUAGAUGGCUAGUAUGUGCGGUAGGGUUUGCGUCUUUCUCGUCUCUCCCCAACCUCCCUGGGCUGGAUCGCUUCCAGGGAAAAAUGUGCCAUACGGCCGAAUGGCCAGAUAAGCCCAUUGACUGGAAGAAUGCAAGGGUAGCAGUGAUUGGAACUGGUGCCUCUGCCACUCAGGUUAUCCAGGAACUUGCCUCACAAGUUCAACAUCUGACCGUAUACCAACGGUCCCCUGUGGUUGGGCUUCCCAAAGAUGAAAACACGGAUAAAACGGCAUGGACAGAUAAGAAAUAUGCAAAGAAGCUUGUAGAAGCAUCCAGCACAUAUCAUUCUGCAUUUCCAUUUUCUUUUCGGUCCGAACGAACUAUGGAUGUACCGGAUAACGAACGCCAUACCCUUUACUCGCGACUUUUGAAGGAGGGUAACUGGUCUUUUUUGCUCUCCACUUUUGAGGAUUCAUUAUACGACCUCAAGGCAAAUUCCGACAUGUAUAGCUUUUGGGCUGAGAGGAUGAGAGAAAGAAUCGACGAUCCAAGAUUGAAGGAUUUACUCAUUCCUCUAAAGCCAACGUAUCCUAUUGGGAUAAAAAGGCCGUGUCUACAAUCCGGCUAUUACGAAGUUUUCAAUCAGGAUAAUGUCGAGCUGGUCGAUGUUAGCACAAUGCCAAUAGUGGAGAUCACCGAAAACGGGAUUCAGGAUGCCAGGGCCCACCGAGCCUUCGACUAUAUAAUCUGGGCAACAGGCUUCGAGGCUCGGACCAACACCCUAACGCGGAUAAAUAUCCAGGGCAAGAACAGCAUUACACUCAAGUCGGCGUGGAGUCAAGGUGUGCGCUCUCAUCUGGGGUUGGCAACGCAUGGAUUCCCGAAUCUCUUUUAUCUCUAUGGUCCUCAGUCUGCCACCGUAAGAGUGAAUGCACCCGCAGUUAUCCAAGCCCAAGUAGACUGGUUAUCAAACACGUUGAUCAGCCUGCGAUCACUCUCUAAAACAUCCUGUGAAGCUACGAAGGAAGCGGAGACUGCUUGGAGGGAAAAAGUUGCCAACCCUUGGUAUCAGACCCUUUACCCCAGCGCCAAAUCUUGGGAGACUCGAGGGAAUAAUGAAACCUGUGAUGAGCCAGCAUGGUACAAGAAUUACACUCCUAUAUAUAAGUCAACAGCGCUAACUUUCACAGGAUCGCGGGACUACCAGCUUAUAUCGAUGAAUUGGAAAUGUGUCAGGCACCAGCAUUGA